UAAAGUUGCAUUGGUGAACAGCGGAGCUGUGAUGCGCCGGUGGGGGUGAUGCCGCGGAUCUGGGGACGUCCUAGGAUUCGAGCCUCGCAUUGGCACACUUGAUGGGACAAAGAUGCAUCACACGUCGGCGGUUGUAUCGGUAGCUGGGGCUCGUUUACGUGACCGAAGAAUGUGGCCAAUGUGACAUCAUUUAUGCAGUGUUUAGUGGAUUGUUCUGGUCCUAGAACGCCGACCAGCAAUUUUCUGAGAAGAUGUUGAGCCGAUUUAUGAGUGGCAGCAUCAGGAAUCUUGAACGAGAAUACAACUGCACCGUCAGACUCUUGGAUGAUACGGAAUAUACGUGUACCAUUCAGAGGGAUGCUAAGGGACAAUACCUGUUUGAUCUCAUCUGCCACCACCUCAACCUGCUCGAGAAGGACUACUUUGGCAUCAGAUAUGUGGAUCCAGACAAACAACGGCAUUGGUUGGAGGUCACAAAAUCAAUCCCAAAGCAGAUGAAAUCCCAGCCGCCGUUCACGAUGUGUCUGAGGGUGAAGUUCUACCCCCCGGACCCCGCUGCCCUCAAGGAGGAGAUCACACGAUACCUUGUUUUCUUGCAAAUCAAGCGGGAUCUGUACCACGGCCGUCUGCUGUGUAAAACGUCGGACGCGGCCAUGCUGGCUGCCCACAUCCUUCAAGCGGAAAUAGGGGACUACGACCCUGGGAAGCAUCCGGAAGGCUACAGCUCCAAAUUCCAGUUCUUUCCCAAACACUCGGAAAAGCUGGAGAGGAGGAUCGCUGAUAUACACAAGACAGAGCUCAUCGGACAGACCCCUGAAACAUCUGAGCUCAACUUCCUGCAGAAGGCCCAGAGUCUGGAGACAUACGGCGUGGACCCCCACCCCUGCAAGGAUGUGUCGGGGAACCCAGCAUUUCUGGCCUUCACGCCGUUUGGUUUUGUGGUGCUUCAGGGAAACAAGAGGGUGCAUUUCCUCAAGUGGCACGAGGUUACGAAACUGAAGUUCGAAGGCAAGACGUUCCAUAUAUAUGCAAAUCAGAAAGAGGAUAAGAAGAUCAUCCUGACGUACUUCGCACCGACGCCAGAGGCCUGCAAGCACCUAUGGAAAUGUGGGGUGGAGAACCAAGCCUUCUACAAACUGGAGAAGUCCAGCCAGGUCCGCACGGUGUCCAGCAGCAACCUGUUCUUCAAGGGCAGCCGCUUCCGCUACAGCGGACGAGUGGCCAAAGAAGUGAUGGAGCAGAGCGCCAAAAUCAAACGGGAACCUCCUGAAAUACACAGUCCCUUAAUGGCUGGCCUAGUGCCCAGCAGAAGCUGUCCCUCCAUAACCCACGGCCCGCGUCUCAGCAGCGUGCCGCGGACCCGGCGGAGGGCCGUCCACAUCUCCAUCAUGGAGGGUCUGGAGUCGUUGCGUGACAGCGCCCACUCCACGCCGGUGCGCUCCGUCUCCCACGGCGACUCCUUCAUGACGCGCUCCCGGAGCCAGGCGGCCGACGUGGGCGGGAGCACCUCCAUCAUCUCGGACGAGGCCUACAGCCCGUCGGACAGCGUGCUGCCCACGCCCGUGGCCGAGCACCGCAGCGUGGAGCACGCGGCGGCGGCGGCGGCCAACGGGGCGUCCGGCAGCAUCCAGGAGGAGAAGGAGUCGGAGGCCGGCACCCCCACGGCCGGGGAGCCCGGCGGGGGGGAGGUGGACGGCGGCGGCCGGGCGACGCCGCGGGCGGGCGCGCCGCUCAGCGAGGUGGAGCAGGCCAACAAGUUUGUGCUGAGCGUGCUGCGCCUGCUGCUGGUGACCGUGGGCCUGCUGUUCGCGCUGCUGCUGCUGCUCAUCGUGCUCACCGAGUCCGACCUGGACGUGGCCUUCCUCAGCGACAUCCGGCAGACGCCCGAGUUCGAACAGUUCCACUCGGAGUACUUCUGCCCGCUGCGGCGGUGGUUCGCCUGCCGGCUGCGCUGGGCGGGCGGCCUUCUCCUCGAGGAGGAGCGCGCGGGGGCGGCGGAGGAGGAGAGCGCCCCCGCCGAGUGAGAGGAGGCCUGAGACGCGGUCGUCGUCGUUGCGUGGCGGUGGUUUCGAGAGAAGACGACGCGGGGGACUCGGCGGGGGGGUGGAGCGGCGGAGGGGCGGCACCCUGAAGGAGGCCUGAAUGAACGCUGCUUCUGUCAUCCUCCCCCCCGGGGGGCCUCAGACACCCCAGAGUUCUCCCAGGAACCGCGGCCACCCGGAGCGCUCUCCUGUCCGGCCUCUUGUUGCCCAGCUCCACCCCCUUUUGUUGUCCCUCCUGUGAAGCACGGAUACAUUUCUGCUUCUUUCUUUUCUUUUCUUUUCUUAUUCAGGUCAUUUCAGGUAUUUAUUUUUUCAAAUAAUAGAAAUGAAAAAAAUAUGAAACUGGAUUCAGAAGUACUGAGAUCAUUUAAAUAGUUCCUUAUUUUUGAGGAACGAGCUAGUUGUGUUAUUUAUUGUUUUGAGGGGGAUCAACACAAGUGCUGAGAGGUGAUGGGGGGGGGGGGGGGCGCUCCAGGUCAUCAUCAUUACAAGGGAAGAUUUUAGUUUGUUUCAAAAGUUGUAGUCAGAAAGAACACUGACUGGCUUCAGGGUACCAUCUGUGCGGACGAAGGCCAGUAAGGGUCAAAUGCUCGGCUGGAGUCUGCACAGCAGCAUGAAGCCAGGGUGAAAACCACUUGCCUUUUCUUUUUCAAGACGUUGAUAACUAACGACGGUUUGGGAUUUUUUUGAUUGUUUCAGGACGGUUUCAACUGAAGUAUUAAUACACAGCGUACAAAUAAGUGAGAGAGAGAGAGAGACUCGAUUUGUAUUUCUAAAGUUUUAUAAAUCAAUUGGUAAUUAAAAGUGUAGUGUAAGAGGUGAUUAAGCAGAGGUGUUUAAGCCGGUCUCACAGGUAUUGAAGGUCAGUCUCUUUUGAAGACCAACUGGCAUAAAAAUUAGUCAAGUUAGUUGUGCAAUGUCCUCAUCGUUUACUUUUAUUCUUUACUCUGAAAACUCUCAAUUCUCUUGAGUUGUGCUACUUUUCAAAACAGAAUGAUUCAACUUUGAAUUUGGUUUUUAUGCAGAAUUCAGAUUUAUUUUGUUUUCAUAUCAAACUUGCUUUUAGGAUUCUGUAUCAUAUAAUUAUUGUUAGGGUAAGAAUAAUUAUGUACUUUUGUACAAAUUAGUUUAUUUCAUAAUAUAUACUUACAGGUUUCCCAUGUAUAUUUUAACAGAAGUUAUUUUGUUAUGAAAGAUUAAAUUAUACCUUUUGUAGCGCUGUGUUUCAAGUGAGGUCAAAAGCGACAGGAACUUACAGGAGAGGGACGCGUUCAGAAAGCUUCUAUCCAGAUCCACACAAUCCCAUCACACCUGGCUCUCCACCAGCAACGAAGCAGCUUUCACACAGUAUGCACAACCUUUCCUCAUCAAUAACAGCCCAUUUGUUUUGAAGGAUAUCCAGUCUGGAUAAUGUGAGGGACAUGUCAUUACAGCUCCCAGGUUUUGUACAUUUUCAAUAUCUCAAAUGUACCUUAUGAAAUUGUACAUUUACGCUUGUGUACAUUUUGCGUUUGUUUUAGAUUCGACUAUGCAGACUUCUCUGCCUCAUGUUCAGCUCACAGGAGCAAUAAUUCUGAAAUCCCUGCUGAAUUCUGGGUAAUAUCAACAUUUUCUACUGUGUUUCUACUUUCUGUACCAGGUGCUGGUGCUAUGUUUAGGAGUGUGUAAGGUAACGCUUUAUAGAUAAAGCGUUACUAUGCGCUUCAUAUAUAAAGCGUUACCGUGUGUUAUAGUGUCAGUACGUAGGACUGGACAAAACGUUAAGGCGGUCAUAUGGGCUAAAAGAGAAAGAAUAAUUGGAUCAGAUUGAGAAAGUAGGAAAAGGGAAGGAAGGAAAACAAUGGAACGUCAGUGGAUUUUAUUACAGUAGAUCCAGUGACUAGUCUCCUUAUUUGAAGGUAUAAAAGAAUCUUAGAAAGGGAACUUGAGCACUUGGUGAUUUGAAUGAACUGGGCUCCCAUGUUGAAGCCUCAUGGAUGAACCCUAUGAAGCAGCCCACCGUCUACAACCUGUCCCCCUAGUGGUUGGUGGCGGCCCCUUCCUAGUAAAGAGCCAGUGUUGUGUGUUUAUCAAACCACAUAGGGCUGUGUAGGCCUACCUUUAGGCGGUUUCUGAGUCAUAUCUCACCUGGGCCCAGGUAGACAGGGUUAAGGAGAAGCACCACUAGCUUAAUGCAUCAACAGUUGGAUUACAUUGCUAGUAUAGUCUUCAAGAUAGUCAUUGGGAGAGGAUCAUAUUCAUUGGGAGUGUUUUUAACAGGGUGUAUGAAGUAAGAUGCAUAGUUUGUAUGUAUGAGUCAAAUACGUCUAGGGAGGAAUUUCAGCAGUGGGGUUUCAAUACGAGGGGUUUGACAACAUUCUCUCACAGACAUUUUACAGCACAACGGAGACCAAACAGUAUAGUCCUUAGUGGUCCUUUCUCAUGCAUCUCUUAGCAUUAUGUAGCGUUCACCAAUAGGUAAUAGUAUUCAACAAGCAAUAAUCAGUGGAAUUGUCAACAGCAAUGAAAAUGACAAAGUACAAAAAUCUAACAUUGAAUGUUUGAUAUUGAACUACAAGCCUAUUUUGAUUUGCUUUUAUUUGUACAAAACCUGUAACAGAUCACAUAACAUCUGUGAACCAGACCUACAUUGGAAAUGCAAUCAAGCUAUUUUGUCACUGUCAUUUGUGACGUGAAAUAGAUUCAAAUCGUUUUCUUAUUUUUACAUGUCUUGUUUUGAUGCUUCCCUGGCUUCAGCGUGCGUUUGCUUAAAUAUCACUGAAAGUGGCGAAGAUGAAACCUAACAAAUUGUAAAAUUUGGAAAUCUUGCCCAUUUUAACAGAAAAAAAUAAGAAUGAAUCUUUCUACUAGUUUGUGUCUCCCUUUUGCAUUGUUUAAUGAGCAGACACAUGUUUGGCUAUACACUGUUUAUUGACUCAAGUGAUCAGUGCAGGUAUGUUCCAUGUGAUAAAGCUUAGUUCUUACUCCUUUGUUUCAGGUUUCUGUCAUGUUUACAUUAUUCACUGAGCCAACAAUAGGCUGAAUAUAGGUAGGGGAGUCCAUGCUUGAACAAGGUGCAUCCAAUACAAUUUAAAAGUUUGUUUCAAAAGGUCCAGCUACUUGAAAACCCUUAGUAUUCAUACUAAGUAUUCUUAGUAUACAUACAUAUGUAGUCUUCAACAUCUAAGGAAGCAAACCUUAACACAUCUCUCUGAUAGUACACCUUAUAGAAUGCUUUACAAUGACUGGAUUGGCUGGAUUACGACCAAUCAUCUGGGCUGAACUUUGAUAUUAGACAUAUCAGAUGUAAAUUGAUUACUUUAAUUAUGCAGAGGGCAUGUGAACACUCUUAUAGUAAAACAGUUCCAAGAUUGAUUGACUGUGCAGACAGGCGUAUGCAUGCAGUAUAUGCAUCAUACACAUCUGUAGGUUGCAUUUAAUAAACCCUGAUUUUCUGUCCUAGGGAUGGAGUUGCUUUUGAUUUAUUGAAUAUGUAUACACAAUAUAUAUACAUAUAUAUACACACACACAUCCAUGUGCCAAAUCGAGUUCAUGUGCAGUCCGAUCCAUUCCAGUCCCAUGUUUAUACAGUAACCCUUCUCUAGAAGUCAGUAUACAUUUAUUUGUCUAAUAGUUCCUUGUAACUGGUGCCAUUACAGCUACCCUAACUUGAAAUAAACAUAGAAAAAUAUGUA